AUGGUUAAGAAGAGAAAGAACAACGGCCGCAACAAGAAGGGCCGCGGCCACGUCAAGCCCAUCCGCUGCUCCAACUGCUCGCGGUGCACGCCCAAGGACAAGGCCAUCAAGCGGUUCACCAUCCGCAACAUGGUCGAGUCUGCUGCUAUUCGUAUGUUUAUGGUCCUCGCAUCUCGCUCGUUUUCGUCGAGGAUAUCUUUCGGUUUUGGACUUUGGACUCGGGCUAACAAAACAGGUGAUAUCUCGGACGCCUCGGUCUUCGCCGACUACACCGUCCCCAAGAUGUACCUUAAGCUGCAGUACUGUGUCUCUUGCGCCAUUCACGGCAAGAUUGUUCGUGUCCGCUCCCGUGUCGGCCGUCGCAACCGCGCUCCCCCGCCGCGUGUCCGGUACAACAAGGACGGCAAGAAGGUCGUCCCCACCCAGGCCAAGACCCCCACUGCUUAA